CCGCACCUCAAGGGGUGUGAUGUAGACUGCCUACCCUAAUGAAAGCAUUAGUGGAUUCUUCCACUGUUCAAACUCGUAACCUUAUACGUCACACGAAAAUAACUUUACCGCUGCUCCAAGACUCACUUUCAAAUAUGGCCUACAACAAUUUCAAAGUAAAUAUUCUUGUAAAGACCAAGUCUUGGUGCAAUAUUGAACCCUACCAAAGUUCAAAUGUUUGUUCAACAAGUUCUUUUCUAAAUUUAUGAUACCACUGCAGAUGGGAGUACUCUUUUCAUCUUCUUUGACCUGAUCCAAGAAGACAACUAAGAUAUAUAAUUAGUAUUUUCCAAGUGAAUUUUCAAUUCCAGAAUUGACAUAUUACCUGUCAAGAGAAGAAUAUGCCUGUACAAAGCCUGAUGUUUUACAAGUACAAAGUUCAUCCAAUUCUAACUCUCUAGAGGCCAGAUUAAAAAAUUCCAAAUGAGUCUUAAAUUUGUAUAUCUGUUAUUGUUUCUUCCUUUGCUUAUGGUUUUAGAUCAAUCCAUAGCAGCCUCAACUCUUGCAAAGCCUGGCUGUGAAGAGAGUUGUGGCAACCUUACCAUUCCUUUUCCAUUUGGAUUGAGUGCCAGUUGUUCCCUUAAUUCAUGGUUCUUGAUCAAGUGUGAUCGAAGUACUAAUCCUCCUAAACCUUACUUGAAUUCAUUUCUGCAAGUUGAACUCCAAAGUGAAGUGAUAUCUGUGUCACUGGAAAACCAAACUAUUACUACCUUAGUUUCAAUAAUAAAUUUUUGUAACGGUUCGAGUCAAGGCAGUAGAAUCAUCACAACGGGGACAGAUUUGUCUGGAAGUCCUUUUUAUUAUUCGAAAGACAGGAACAAGUUGAUGCUUGUUGGUUGUGGUAAUGGUCUUGUGACACAGAACUUAAAUGUGCUUUCGGGAUGUACAUCUAUCUGUAGCGAAGGUGCAACGUUGACAGGCUGCUAUGGCAUCAACUGUUGCCAAUCUCUUGUACCUUUUGAUCUUAGCUUGUACACCGCAAACUUCACUAACUCGGGGAUUCAGCAAGGACUUUACCCCAGAUGUUCUGCUGCUUUCUUGGUAGACCAAACUUGGGUUCCUGAUGAAGUUGCACAGCCCUUUACUUUUCUUGGUUAUGCUCCUGUUGUUUGGAUCUGGACUGUCCAAGCCAAAGAGCUAGAAGCCGGGUUGCUUUGCAACAAAUCUGGUGUUUCUGUUAACUUGGAAAAUGGUACUUCUGUGGCGAAUUUGCAGUGUCGCUGUGGACCUGGAACACAAGGGAAUCCAUACUUCUCUAAUGGAUGCCAAGCCGUUCAAGGAUGCACCAAUUGCACAGAGGUUGUAUACUACUCAAAGAAGCCAGCUUCCACAAUCAUUCUCCUCAGUGUAUUCUUAAGUAUUGGAGUGCUGUUUAUACUGUUUGGGAGCUAUUUAUUGUACAAAACAUUCAAGAAGAGAAGGAACAAACGACAGAAACAAAUGUUUUUUAAGCGAAACGGUGGCCUCUUACUACAACAGCAGCUAUCAUCCAAUGAAGGGAUCAUUGACAAAGCAAAACUUUUCACAGCUAAAGAGCUGGAGAAGGCAACAGAUUACUUCAAUGAAAAUCGCAUACUUGGUUGUGGAGGUCAAGGCACGGUAUACAAAGGCAUGUUACCCGAUGGGAAUAUUGUAGCAGUGAAAAAGUCAAAGUUGGUAGACGAAAACCAGCUGGAUCAGUUUAUCAACGAGGUGGUUAUACUUUCACAGAUCAAUCACAGGAAUGUGGUGAAGCUACUCGGCUGUUGUUUGGAAACAGAAGUUCCACUACUUGUAUAUGAGUUUAUAAUUAAUGGCACACUUUACAGCUUCAUACACAAUGAGAAUAAUGAGUUUCCCUUUCCUUGGAGCACGCAUCUGAGAAUUGCCACAGAGGUUGCUGGAGCAUUAGCUUAUCUACAUUCUGCAACUUCUGUUCCAAUCUAUCAUAGGGAUAUUAAAUCUAGCAAUAUACUUUUAGAUGAGAAAUAUCGCGCCAAGGUAUCAGAUUUUGGAACUUCAAGGUCUAUAGCAAUUGAUCAAACACACCUAACAACCAAUGUCCAAGGGACAUUUGGCUAUUUAGAUCCUGAGUAUUUCCAAUCCAGCCAAUUUACAGAAAAGAGCGAUGUAUAUAGCUUUGGAGUUGUUCUUGCUGAACUAUUAACAGGAAAGAAAGCAAUUUCAACUACAACGAACGAAGGCAGAAGUUUAGCAACAAAUUUCCUUUUGGCAAUGGAUGAAAAUCGCCUCGAUACAAUUCUCCAUGCAGAAGUUACACAAGAAGGUAGAAAGGAGGAUAUAAUGGCAGCUGCUAAUAUAGCAUAUCGUUGCUUAAACUUGAACGGUAGGAAGAGGCCAAGUAUGAAGGAAGUAAGCAUAGCAUUGGAAGCCAUAAGAUCACAAGUACCUUCUGCAGCAGUUACAAAUAUUCAGGGUAAUACAGAAGAAAGAAGUGUGAUAUCAGAAGUUAACUACUCAUGGACUAGCACAAAUACUACCACCUUAUCAUCAGAUGUUCAUCCAUUGUUGGUUGAAACUAGUUGAUUAUUAAAGCUUGUCACCAAGUAUAAUUUUUGUAGCCAAGAACAAAGACAACUUUAUUUUUCAAA